AAUUAGGAAAACGUGUUAUAUUUUUUCCAAAAUAAAAUGUUUAUCAAUAAGUGCUGGAAAAUAAAAUAAUAUGGCUCGACACAGAAACGUGCGGAACAGGAGCUACUCUGACGAUUACGAUUAUGACGAUGUAUACGGCCACUCUGUCGAGGAGGACAGCUGCUUAUCGCCAAGCGAUUCAGCCCAGUGGAUGUACGAUCGGUCCCGGAAUAGUCAAGCGAUAGCGACCUUCAUAGACUCUCGAGAUGACAUACAAGAAGAAAAUGAAGACGAUGAAGAAGUACGACCAGCGCUGGAACGGCGAGAAUCUAUGGAUGUCCGCGGACUAAACUUGAGCGAAGAUGACGAGGCAAAACUCAUGUCUUGUCUAGAUGAACUCCGAAAUGUUUUAGGUGACACGAUCCCUGACAAUAUACUCAUUCAAACGGUGAUAAAGUACAAUUAUGAUUACAGCAAAUCUUUGGACAAUUUGUUAAAUAAUAGCGAGAAAUCUCUGCAGAAGACUAAACAAGAACCAAUCAUAUCACCACCCGUUCUGAUUGACCCGUCGAAAGCUCCAACAAUAACAACAGUUGACACUACUCCAAAAGUUAUAGCUACCAAGCUAGAACCAAACAAAGUGCCCACUGUCAAGGGAUUCAAAAUCGAGAGUGAAAGCCACAGUCGCCCACAAACACCUCGAGAUCAAUCCCCCGCUGUGGAGAGAAACUCGACGAAAAAUGAAGCCGAUGAUACCAAGUUGCCUAAAGUUAAAGAGAACAAAAGUGACCCGACAAUAUUGUACAAAAAUGAAAGAGGUUCAGACAAGGAACACUUGUAUAUAGUAAUUAUAGGUCAUGUGGAUGCGGGCAAAUCGACAUUAAUGGGACAUUUGCUCUGUGAACUGGGAGAAGUGAGCCAGAGAACACUACAUAAGUAUGAGCAGGAGAGUAAGAAGAUUGGUAAACAAAGUUUCAUGUAUGCCUGGGUGUUAGAUGAAACAGGGGAAGAAAGAGUCAGAGGUAUCACCAUGGAUGUUGGCAAAGCUCAGUUUGAAACUAAAACAAAGAAGGUUAUUAUUUUAGAUGCUCCCGGCCAUGCAGACUUUAUUCCAAACAUGAUAACUGGGGCCGGACAAGCAGAUGUGGCCCUGCUUGUCGUUGAUGCUACCAGAGGAGAGUUUGAAUCUGGAUUUGAACUCGGUGGGCAAACACGUGAGCAUGCAUUGCUCGUUAGAUCUUUAGGUGUUAAUCAGUUAGCUGUAGCCGUUAAUAAGUUAGACACAACGAAUUGGUCUCAAGAAAGAUUUGAUGAAAUAACAAAAAAGCUGAAGAUAUUCCUAAAACAAGCCGGUUUCAAGGAUUCCGAUGUUACUUAUGUGCCAUGUUCUGGCUUAACUGGUGAAAAUCUAGUGAAGCCACCUUCUGAAGCAGAACUGAUGAAAUGGUACAGUGGUCCAAGCCUUCUGGAUGUCAUUGACAAAUUUAAUGUUCCUCAGCGCCCAAUCACCAAGCCUUUACGAAUGUCUGUCAGUGAUAUAUACAAAGGAACAGGAUCCGGUUUCUGUGUGGCCGGUCGGAUUGAAAAUGGUGUAAUCAAUAAAGGAGAUAAGGUCUUAGUUUGUCCGACGAAAGAACCAGCUGAGAUAAGAAACUUAAGCAUCAACGAAAUGACGUGCAACUCUGCUUUUGCUGGUGAUCAAGUCACGGUAACUUUAUCAGGUGUGGAGAUGCAAAAUGUUUCAGUUGGAUUUGUUCUAAGCGAUCCGAUACAACAAGUGCCUGUAACUACAAGAUUUGAAGCUAGAUUAGUCGUAUUUAAUGUAAAAGUUCCAAUAACAAAAGGAUUCUCUGUGCUCAUUCACCAUCAGUCUCUUGUGGAGGCGGCCAACAUAGUCAAACUGAAGGCUUUACUAAACAAAAGUACGGGGGAAGUUUUGAAAAAGAAGCCUAGAUGCCUCGGUAAUAAUUCUGUUGCUGUGGUUGAAAUAGAAGUGUGCAGGCCGAUAUGUAUUGAGAAAUACAAAGAUGUGAAGGAGCUAGGACGUGUUAUGUUGCGUGUUAGCGGAGUUACUAUUGCAGCUGGACUUGUUACUGAUAUAUAUAAUGUCUAAUUAUGUAUAAUAAGUUAUAACUCCACAGUUUCUUUAAAAUUUUAUUAAAGGAAUUCAAUUUUGUUACAGGAAAAUUUCUAUGAUAACAAAAAGCUAAAGAUAGCUAAGCUAAUAUGAUAAUCCCAUUAUUUUAAGCCAAUGUUUAAAGUACAUUUUUUAAAGUGUAUAAUAUGUAUCUUAUUAAGAUGUUUUGUCUAGAUUGUUUAAUAAGUUAUUUAUCAUUUAAAAGUAUGUUUUACAUACAGUUUUAUUUUAAUGCUUCAACUUCCAAGUGGCCCCAUGCAGCUGCGAUGUCUGGUUUUUCCACGAUCGAAGGAUUAAAUUGUUUUAUUAAAAAAAAUAUGGAAAUUACUUAAAUUAUGUUAUUUAAAUAUUCCUGUUUUGAUUCCGUAGUACAGUACAAGCAUAAGAUAUUUACUUUGUUACUAAAUUAUUGUAAUAUGAUUUAUUUGGUUGCCAUAGCUAAAAUACAAUAUUUUUGUAUUGUUAUCACAUAAGGUAAUAAUUGAAUAUUUGGUAAGUAACUAAUGUCUUAUGAAGUAAAUAGGGACAAUGUUGUUGCUUGUGUUAAAAUGUUAAUAAAGAUUAUAACAUAACACAAACAUGGUAUCCUUCCUCCUUUA